UCUCUUCUCUCACCACCAGCUGUAACAGCGGUUGACCUCACACCACCCACCACUGUUCUGUUUCUUUCUAUUUGUUGUUUUUUUCCUCAAACGAGACAAAACAAACACAAACACAAACAUAGGGUAACUCGAAUGCAAUGCAAAACUUUGAUCCAAAUCAAAUGCUGAUAAAAUUGAAGGGUCCCUUAGAUCUUCUUUGAGGUCACUGUUGCAUCUCUCACCUUUGCUCCAACGCCACGUUGCUUUGGUUGGAGGGAGAUGAUUGAUGGAGUCCAGUGAGGAUGGGAGCAUGUCAUAUAGAGAGUUCCAUGCGAAUGGAAGCCGCAUGGUUACAUCAGAAGUUGAGGCCAAGCUUGAUGAAGGAAAUAUUCAAGAGGCAGAAGAUGCAUUGCGAGAAGGGUUGUCGCUCAAUUUUGAGGAAGCAAGAGCUCUUCUUGGAAAGUUGGAGUAUCAGAGAGGUAAUGUAGAAGGUGCUCUUCGUGUGUUUGAUGGGAUUGAUCUCCAAGCUGCCAUACAGAGAUUGCAACCUUCCUUUUCUGAAAAAACACCAGUCAAGAAAGGUCGCACUCGCACUGAAUCACCCUCCUCAGUCUCUCAGCAUGCUGCUAGUUUGGUGCUUGAAGCCAUCUACUUAAAAUCGAAGUCUCUGCAAAAACUGGGGAAAUUUACUGAGGCUGCUAAUGAUUGUAAACGUAUUCUUGAUGCCGUUGAGAAGAUAUUUUAUCUAGGUGUUCCUGAUAUUCAAGUGGAUAAUAGAUUGCAAGAAAUAGUCAGCCAUGCAGUUGAGCUCCUUCCAGAGCUUUGGAAACAAGCUGGUUGCUACGAUGAGGCAAUCUCUGCUUAUAGGCGAGCCCUUCUUAGUCAAUGGAACCUUGAUAAUGAUUGCUGUGCAAGAAUUCAGAAGUCAUUUGUUAUUUUUUUGCUAUACAGUGGGGUGGAGACAAGUCCACCUAGUUUAGCAGUUCAGAUUGAUGGAUCAUAUGUGCCUAAAAAUAAUCUUGAAGAGGCUAUUCUGCUAUUGAUGAAUUUUUUGAAAAAUUUUUGCCUUGGCAAGAUGAAAUGGGAUCCUUCAGUCAUGGAACACCUGACUUUUGCACUUUCUAUAUGUAGUGGAACUACUGUUUUAGCAAAGCAACUUGAAGAAUUGAAUCCUGGAGUAUACCAUCGAAUUGAUUGUUGGAAUACUUUAGCUUUAUGUUAUAGUGGAGCUGGACAAAAUGACAGUGCUUUGAAUCUGCUAAGGAAGUCUUUGCACAAACAUGAACGACCAAAUGACCUUACAUCAUUGUUGUUAGCAGCCAGGAUCUGCAGUGAGGAUCCCUAUCUUGCUGCUGAGGGAGUGAACCAUGCACAGAGGGCAAUCAGUAAUGCUCACGGCCCAAAUGAGCAUUUAAAAGGUGUUGCUCUUCGGAUGUUGGGACUUUGUUUGGGAAAGCAAGCUAAGGUCGCUUCCUCUGACUUUGAGAGGUCUCGCCUUCAGUCCAAAGCUCUGGAGUCAUUGGUGGCGGCAAUUAGAUUGGAGCCAAACAAUUCUGAUCUGAUUUUUGAAUUGGCUGUUCAGUAUGCAGAGCACCGAAAUUUGCCUGCUGCUUUGCGUUCCGCGAGGCAUUUCUUUAACAAAACAGGUGGUUCUGUAUCGAAAGCUUGGAGAUUGCUUGCUCUAAUUUUGUCUGCACAACAAAGAUUUUCAGAAGCUGAAGUGGUGACAGAUGCUGCUUUAGAUCAAACUUCAAGAUGGGAGCAGGGGCCACUGCUUAGGCUGAAAGCAAAGUUGAAGAUCUCCCAAUCACGACCCAUGGAUGCUAUUGAAACUUAUCAGUACCUUCUUGCAUUGGUUCAAGCCCAGAAGAAAUCCUUUGGGUCUCUCCAAAUUAGUUCAAAGGUUGAGUAUGAUAAAGUAAAUGAAUUUGAUAUUUGGCAUGGUCUGGCAAAUUUAUAUGCUAGUCUUUCUCAUUGGAAGGAUGCUGAAAUCUGUUUGCAAAAGGCCAGGGAGUUGAAGGAAUACUCUGCAGCAUUGAUGCACACUGAAGGUGUUUUGUUUGAAGGACGUGGGCAAAAUGAAGAAGCUCUUUGUGCUACUAUUAAUGCUAUACUACUCGAACCAAACUAUGUUCCAUGCAAGAUCUUGAUGGGUGCUUUGUUUCAAAAAUUGGGUACAAAGCAUUUGGCUAUUGCAAGAAGCUUACUGUCUGAUGCACUCCGAAUAGAACCCACAAACCGCAAGGCUUGGUAUAACUUGGGAUUGCUUCACAAACAUGAGGGCCGAAUAAGUGAUGCUGCCGACUGCUUCCAAGCAGCUUCCAUGCUCGAAGAAUCUGAUCCCAUCGAAAGUUUUAGCUCUUUACCUUGACAGGAUUCAAUUCCUAAACAGUUAACUCUGCAGCCAUCAGUGAGAUUUAUCUCAUCUUGUUUUUCUGUUGAUACAUCUUCUGAGUUCAAUGGGACACAUAGAAAGAGCUUAGGAACUGUAUUCCUUUUUUUUUUAAAUUUUAAAUUCUUGUCAUCACAGACUAGGAUCAAAGAAAAAGGAUUAAAAACAUUAUAUAGUAAAUAAGAUAAGAAAGGGAUUGAUGUUAAACUGGUUGAGGGAUGGAUGAAUUGUAAAGAACUUGGACUGGCAGAGAUUAUUAACCUUGUUCAACUGCUGCUCGGCCUUGUUAAUGUCUUUCGAGCAGUAUCAUUGUAAAGAGAGUAGAGAUUCAGUUUUCUACUUUUACGUGCUUUAGUUUGUUGGCUAGAUCUACAGGGCAUAAAAAGGAAAAUGUUAGGAGUCACUUGAAUUCUACUGCAGCCACUUGUGAUGUACAUUUCUGUAAAAAAAAUUUUAACUUUGAUGUUUUUGAGCUUGUAGGAUACAGAGCUAGAAAUGCUUUUGAAAGCUUCUGUAUUGAAAAAAAAAACUAUAUUUUUAGUAAAGAAGCUUUCAAAAGAACUUUCGGCUUGUAUCCAAACAAGCCCAAGUUGUUACAUAUGUAUUUGUAUUAAGCCUUAAAUAUUUUCCCUCUUCAAAAUGGACAUUUAUACCCAUUUUUAUGAUGGGCAGAGAUGACUUUGUUUA